ACGUGGGCGUGGCUCCACGGGGAGUGGCCAGACGACUUCGGCGGCGCCUUCCCGAAGGGCGGCCCCCUCCCCAACCCGGAAAACCAGACCCCGCGCCGCCGCGGCGCGCCGGGCAUGCUCAUUAGCGCGGACCCGGCCCGCAGUCCGAACAGGAAGCGUCCGCGCUAGGCGGCCCCCUGCGCUGCCAGCUGGAGCCGGGCGGAGCCGGCGCCGGGUCGCUGGGUGGCUCUGCCAGUCCCCGCGCGCCUGGGCGGCCGCACACGUGUCCAGGCGUCACGUCCGCGCGCGCCCCCGGGGCUUGCGUCAGCUGCCGCUCCAAAGCUGGCGUGCCGGGGCUCUGCGCACCGAUCGGUUUCGGGGCCCGCGACGCUGCCGGGAGGAGGGGCCUGGGGGCGCGGAGAGGUGCUCGGAUCGCCCAGGGCCGCGGAGAUCCUCUGCGCGGUUCAGCCUCCCGCCUGCCCGGCGUCCGCCGUCUCCGCUGCCCCGUCCCGGGCUGGGCGCGGUGGCGUUGCCCCAGAGCCCGCCGCCCGCGGGGCGCGCACCGCCUUAACCCCGGCGGCCCCGCGGCAGGCAGGAGCGCGCAGUUCCAUGGUUGGUUCGGAGCGCGAUGAGCCGCCCGUCCUCCACCGGCCCCAGCGCUAACAAACCCUGCAGCAAGCAGCCGCCGCCGCAGCCCCAGCACGCUCCGUCCCCGGCUGCGCCCCCGGCCGCCGCCACCAUCUCGGCUGCGGGCCCCGGCUCGUCCGCGGUGCCCGCCGCGGCGGCGGUUAUCUCGGGCCCCGGCGGCGGUGGCGGGGCUGGCCCGGUGUCCCCGCAGCACCACGAGUUGACCUCGCUCUUCGAGUGUCCGGUCUGCUUUGACUAUGUCCUGCCCCCCAUCCUGCAGUGCCAGGCCGGGCACCUGGUGUGUAACCAAUGCCGCCAGAAGUUGAGCUGCUGCCCGACGUGCAGGGGCGCUCUGACGCCCAGCAUCAGGAACCUUGCUAUGGAGAAGGUGGCCUCCGCAGUCCUGUUUCCCUGCAAGUAUGCCACCACGGGCUGUUCGCUGACCUUGCACCACACGGAGAAGCCAGAACACGAAGACAUCUGUGAAUACCGUCCCUACUCCUGCCCGUGUCCUGGUGCCUCCUGCAAGUGGCAGGGGUCCCUGGAAGCUGUGAUGUCCCAUCUCAUGCACGCCCACAAGAGCAUCACCACCCUUCAGGGAGAAGACAUCGUCUUUCUAGCUACAGACAUUAACCUGCCAGGGGCCGUGGACUGGGUCAUGAUGCAGUCGUGUUUCGGCCACCACUUCAUGCUGGUGCUGGAGAAACAGGAGAAGUACGAAGGCCACCAACAGUUCUUCGCCAUCGUUCUGCUCAUCGGCACCCGCAAGCAGGCUGAGAACUUUGCCUACAGACUGGAGCUGAACGGGAACCGGCGGAGACUAACGUGGGAGGCCACGCCCCGGUCCAUCCACGACGGAGUGGCCGCCGCCAUCAUGAACAGUGACUGCCUGGUGUUUGACACAGCCAUAGCACAUCUUUUUGCGGAUAAUGGUAACCUUGGAAUCAAUGUGACUAUUUCAACAUGUUGUCCAUGAUGCACCGCAGUUAGCUGGGCCUAGUGCUUUAUGGUUAAUAAAGGUUUUUAUAGACGUUUUAUUCACUAUGUCUUCACAUGUUAAAGUUCCCCAGUUACCCUGUGUUCUGUCUGAACAGCAGCUUCCCAUCUGGCAUCGGCCCAACAGAGUUCGUUAAACUGGAAUGAAUGGGGUUGGCCUGUUGGUUGUUCGGAGGCUGUUCUGUGAGCUAAAAUCUACAUGAUUAUUAAAUUUUACUUCCUGAACAGCACUUGGCAGGUUGCUCAGGGCUCCUGUAGACCAGUGUGUUAGGAAUCGGAGACUCCUUUCUGCCCCCCGCCCCCCAUAUUGGUCCCAAAUUGAGAAAAGCACAGUGACUGUCAGCAGACUAACUUUACUUUCAACUUGGGUUUAGGGGGUAGGAAUUGUUUUAAUGCGUUUCAAACAGUGUUUCUCAAAUUGGAAGACUAACCAAUAUGCAUAGAAUCACCUGGAGUAUCCAUCUUAUACAUGUAGAUUUGGAGAGCCUGUGAAUUUAACAAUCACAUCAGGUGAUUCUUUUCAACAGUAAAGUUUGAGAAUUACUGGGUUAAAUUGUGGGAAAGGGUCCAGAUGUUAAAGGUGCUUUAAGAUUGCCCUCCACUGAUACUCUUUUAUCUUUCUACUAUUUCAUCCCCCAACAGCCCUCCACCCCCAAAUUAAAACCAGAACUACAGCUCCCCAGGAGCACGCCCCUAAGAUUUCGUCACUCUCUUGUAUUUGGGGUGGAUUGCCUAGGAGAGUGAGUUGUAUUGCCAUUGAUAGUUCUCACAUAAUUAGUUUUUGCUCAUCACUAAUACAGAUGACCUGUUUACACAUGGCUUCCUCGGAAGCCCUCCUUGACUGUAGAUGAUGGGAAAGACUAGAUCAGUGGAGUUGGAAAAGCUUUAUAACUAGUGUCAUAUGCUUGCUAUUUAAAAGUAUGUGUUGUUUUGUUUUGUUUUUUUCCACAUUCACUUUAGUUUUUUAAUAAAUAUUUUCCAAGAAUGAAU